AGAAAAUAGCUUUUUACGAAGAUGGCGCCGAAAGCUAAGAAGGAAGCCCCUGCCCCUCCCAAAGCCGAAGCCAAAGCAAAGGCUUUGAAGGCAAAGAAAGCAGUGUUGAAAGGCGUCCACAGCCACAAAAAAAAGAAGAUCCGCACGUCACCCACUUUCCGACGGCCAAAGACACUAAGGCUCCGGAGGCAGCCUAAAUACCCUCGGAAGAGCGCACCCAGGAGAAACAAGCUUGACCAGUAUGCCAUCAUCAAAUUCCCCCUGACGACCGAGUCAGCCAUGAAGAAGAUAGAAGACAACAAUACGCUGGUGUUCAUUGUGGACGUCAAGGCCAACAAGCACCAAAUCAAACAGGCUGUGAAGAAGCUCUAUGACAUCGACGUGGCCAAGGUCAACACCCUCAUCAGGCCUGAUGGCGAGAAGAAGGCAUAUGUUCGACUGGCUCCUGACUAUGAUGCUUUGGAUGUUGCCAACAAAAUUGGAAUCAUCUAAACUGAGUCCAGCUGCCUAAUUCUAAAUAUAAAAAUUUUACACUGUAAAAAAAAAAAAAAGAAAAGAAAAAGAAAA